GCCGAUCGCUACCGAUUCCCUGUUGAUGUCCAUGAAUGCAAACACCAUGAUUUUCAUGAUCCUGGGCGCCUCUAUCGUUAUGGCAAUAGCUUGCUUGAUGGACAUGAAUGCGUUGCUGGACAGAUUUCACAAUUACAUCCUACCGCAUCUGAGAGGGGAAGACCGAGUUUGUCACUGCAACUGUGGCAGGCACCACGUCCAUUACGUCAUUCCGUAUGACGGGGAUCAGUCUGUGGUGGAUUCCUCAGAGAACUACUUUGUGACUGACAAUGUAACCAAGCAAGAGAUCGAUCUGAUGCUGGGACUGUUGCUGGGUUUUUGUAUCAGCUGGUUUCUGGUGUGGAUGGAUGGGGUUCUCCACUACGCUGUGCGAGCCUGGAGAACCAGCCGGCGGUACGACAAUUCCUGGUCUUGGAUUCCAAAGUUUUGUAACUUAAAGGAGUUCAGAAAACGUCACCACAGGCAGUACGAGGAGGCGACUGGGAACAUGGUGCACAUCAAACAGAAGCUGUACCAUAACGGGCAUCCCAGCCCGCGGCACCUCUGAGGAACGCCUUCCCCUCCAGAGACUGCAGUGAGGUUUUAAAGAGGACUUUGCUCUUCUUCCGGGGGAACAGCUCCUACUUUUACAUCUCUCUGGAAGCCAGCGAGGACAUCAUUUUACUUCUCCAUCCCGUGUGUCCUCCGUGGCACACCACGAUGCACAACUAAGCCAGUCCUGGAUGCUACGCAGCCAAGACAUUGCACUGUGUUCCACGUUUUAUUGUCAGACUUGUGUACAUACGUAAAAAAAAAAAACACCAAACAAACCAAAAUCAGACAAAAACAAGAAAAAAAAAACAAAACGAGAAAAGAGAUUUGCAUUAUACUUUCAACCCCCCCUUUUCCUGGCAUUCACAGCUGUCCUGCACAUCCAGCUGCCCUGCAGGGAAUGUUGGCUGAGGGUAUGGAGGUGGGAGCACAUGAAGAAGAUGCAGUUUCUCAUCCGAGUGCUAGAAGUCCACCGUUUCUUUGGUCCUUUGGUUUGGUUUUGCUCUUCUCUGUUACUUCUGUUGCUAGAAUGAUAGUAGGUUUGGACAGGGGCUGCUGCCAGACAGAUGGGAGGGCAGCGACCCUUUGCUUUGGUUUGUGUUUUUGGGCAUUGCUGCGGGGGAAGGAACGCGUGAUGGAUUUGUUCUUCGUGUUGCUGCACACUGAAACCUGCCUUAAGCAAGCUGAGAAAUCUUCCUAGCAGGGCAGCAGCUCUGUGAGGGAUCAGCCCAAGCA